UUCAGACCUAGAAACGCAGUCGUCUUUCUACACAGUACCGGCGCAGAAAUAACAACAAUGGCUUGCACAAUCGAUUUCCGGAAUCUGGACGAGGGAUUCGGAGGAAAAACCUUCAAGCGAAAGAGAUCGGAACAAGAAGCAGAGAAGCUACAACUUCUGAAUCCGCAGGAUGAGUCGAUGGAUGUGGAUAUGGAUCUUGUUCCUCCUCCAUCGAAGAGGCAAGCAGUUGAGUCAUCGUCGUCAUUGACGUACGAUGGGGUAAUAGCGGGGAGAGUGUCGGGGAGGAAUUGGAAGGAAGUGAGGACGCGCAGAGCAUCUUCUGUUCAUGUGAGUAAGAAAGGAACGACGGCGGAGCAGAGGGCUAAAGAGAAGGAGAUAAAGAAGGCAUACAAAGGGAGGAUGAAUGAGCUCAAGGAGGAGAUACGUCACAACAAGCAGGAGAAGAGGAGGCGCCGUGAGGAGAAUGAGAAGAAGAAGCAGGAGAAUAUUCUAAGGUCUGGUACUAAGCUUCAGAAGAUCACCAAUCCCAAAACUCUUAAGAAGAUUUCUAAAUCCAAGCAGAGGAAGCUUCUCAAGGUUGUCCCUGAUAAUCAUCUCCUCAACAACAACAACAACAACAACAAGAUGAUCUAGUUUUUUUUUUUUUUAAUUAUGUUUUGUUGUCGUGUAUUUUUCUUUUUCUUUCUGGUGGUUGACAACAAACAGUCUAUGAUAUCUGAGCAAAAUGAAUGAUUGAUUGCUGGUAAUUGUGUGA